CAAAAGCUGAAUACUACAAAAACUCUUUUUGACAUCUGCGUGACAACGAAAUUUCUGCCGGCAGAAAAAUUUAAAGCGUAGUGUGCUUUUACAUGGUUUGUGUUUGAUCAAUAUUGUCAUAAUAAAGUAUAAAGAUUCAAAUUCAUUAAUAAAUUUUUAUAAAAAUGAAAAUCGAAGAAGUCAAAAGUACUGUACGAACUCAACGCAUUGCAGCUCAUAGCCACGUUAAAGGCUUAGGUUUAGAUGAUGCUGGCGUACCAAUUACAAUUGCUUCAGGACUUGUUGGCCAGAAAUCAGCAAGGGAAGCUGCAGGUAUUGUUGUCGAUCUGAUUAAAUCGAAAAAAAUGGCUGGGCGAGCAUUGUUACUAGCUGGGCCACCAGGAACUGGCAAAACAGCAAUUGCACUCGCUAUAGCACAGGAAUUGGGUAAUAAAGUGCCAUUUUGCCCAAUGGUCGGCUCUGAAGUGUUCAGCAGUGAAAUUAAAAAAACUGAAGUUUUAAUGGAGAACUUCCGUCGUUCAAUUGGUUUGCGUAUACGUGAAACCAAAGAAGUAUACGAAGGUGAGGUAAUUGAGUUAACUCCUGUCGAAACUGAAAAUCCUAUGGGUGGCUAUGGCAAAACAAUCAGUAAUGUAGUUAUCGGUUUAAAGACUGCAAAAGGUGUUAAGCAACUUAAACUUGAUCCUAGCAUUUUCGAUGCUUUGCAAAAGGAAAAGGUGGAGGUUGGUGAUGUUAUUUAUAUAGAAGCUAAUAGCGGCGCCGUGAAACGCCAAGGUCGUAGCGAUACUUACGCGACAGAGUUCGAUUUGGAAACAGAGGAAUAUGUGCCACUUCCCAAAGGCGAUGUACACAAGAAAAAGGAAGUUAUACAGGAUGUGACAUUACAUGAUUUAGAUGUGGCCAAUGCACGACCACAAGGCGGUCAGGAUGUGCUCUCAAUGAUGGGACAGUUAAUGAAACCGAAGAAAACUGAAAUUACUGAUAAGUUACGUAUGGAAAUUAACAAAGUGGUUAAUAAAUACAUUGAUCAAGGUAUUGCUGAGUUAGUUCCUGGUGUACUUUUUAUUGAUGAAAUUCAUAUGCUUGAUUUGGAAACCUUCACCUAUUUACACAAAUCUUUGGAAUCACCUAUUGCACCAAUUGUCAUAUUUGCUACAAAUCGUGGACGUUGUGUUAUACGUGGCACCACUGAUAUUAUAUCUCCUCAUGGUAUACCACUUGAUCUGCUCGAUCGUUUACUCAUCAUACGCACUCUUCCCUAUUCGUCUACUGAAAUGGAACAAAUUAUUAAGUUACGCGCACAAACUGAAGGCUUACAACUGGAGGACAGCGCAUUUGCUUGCCUCAGUGAAAUUGGCAGCAACUCUACACUACGUUAUGCAGUACAAUUACUAACCCCGGCUUACCAAAUGUGCAAAGUUAAUGGACGCACACAGAUUACUCAGGAUGAUAUAACAGAUGUACAUUCGUUAUUCCUUGAUGCAAAACGUUCUACAAAACAUCUCUCAGAAAAGAAUAAUAAAUACAUGAUGUAAUUUAAGAUCGAAGUCAUAUGUACUUCAAUAUUAAUAAUUAAAAUUAAUUUUAAAUAUAUUAACGUUCAUUUUGACGAAAAUAAAAUAUAUUGUUUAUAGCAUUAAACAAUUAUUAUAAAU